UUCACCAAGUGAAAACUCCAGACGAGGUGCAUUUUCUCAAAGAAGGACACCGAGACUUAACCGCUCUAUACCAGGCGUUCCACGAAGAGUGCGUUUCCAAAGAAGUCCUGAAGCUACUGACCCCGUUCUCGUCAAAAGCAGGACAUUCGUCAAAGAUUCAUCGGAACCGGAAGCUCCCAUGAUUCGCGCAGAAGACGUCAAAGAGGAAUUUCUCGUCUGCAGCAUCUGCACGCACGAGUAUGACGAGGAAUCGCACGUGCCGAGAGUGUUGCCAUGCCUACACACGUUUUGUCAAACUUGUUUGAAGAAAAUCGUGAGAGGGACGCGUCUUGAAUGUCCGUUGUGUAAGCAAGGUCAUGAAUUGCCGAAAGGGACCAUUUUCGGGCUGGCAAAAGAUACCACAAGAAGAAAUCUCAUUGAUUUUAUAAAAGUCCGAAAACGUUCAUCCGAAAUAUUAUGCAAGGAUUGUCCGGAAGACCAAACCGCGAAGGACUUCUGUAAAGAAUGCUAUAUCUUUAUGUGUCCGGAAUGCACAAAAGCGCACAAACGAAGUCUCGCUUCGAGAAAGCACUCUGUUCUCACGAUAAAACAACUACAAAAUUCCGGAUUAGACGUAUUUCGUCGAAAAAUAGUUUGUACAAAGAAUGGUCACGAGGGCCAACAGUUAGCCUUUUAUUGCACAAAAACUGGAUGCGAAACGUCCAUCUGCACGGCAUGCACAGUCUGCGAUCACGAACGGUCUAAUGGUCACACCAUCAUUAACGUCCAAGAUUUGUAUAAGCUGAAAAAGAACGAACUAGAGAAAUUAUUCGCAUCUUUAGACUCUGAUAUGUCCUCGGCGAAAUUUAUUUUACAACAAACAGAACAGGAGUUACUUAACAUUGAUAUCAAGGAGCUUGAAAUUGAAAAAGACAUCGAUGAUGUUUUCGAGAAGUUUCAGAAAGUACUUGCAAAGCGUCAACGGCAAUUAAAGGAGGAGUUAUCGGCAGUCUGCGAAAAGAAGAAGUCUGACAUUCAGCGUCACGUGGAGUCGCUUGAGAACUACCUUGACAGCGCAUCUAAUGCGAAGGACUUCUCGUAUCACGUGAUCAAUCACACUGACCCGACCGAGUUUGUGCCGCUGCAUUCUACUUUAAUGCAAAGGCUUGGGAAGAUGUCGUCGCUUAAGGUUGACCGACAGGUGUUGCACAUCGAAAGUCCAGUGUUCGACAACAAACGACUCGAAUCAGAAUUCCAGGUGUUUUGCCGAACCAUGGGUGCCAUAUCGACGGUGGUCCAGCAGAAGCGGCUGUCCAUCUCUCGAGGCCACACUCACAUUGGGCUUUCCUCCGCAUCCACUAUCCGUCAACAUGACGACGACAGACGGUUCGGCGACAUUCAUUGUCCACACUUCACGUACGACCGGGAUACUGUACAUCAGUAUCGUGAAAUAAGCGAAAGUGACGUCAUCUUGCGGAAUUACUCCACGGUCCAAAAGUCCCAGGGCAUGGUCCCCGGGGGUCGCAGGCUCAAGAAGUACCGGGGAGUACUGGGAAACAGGGCCUUUCACGCACCGGGGAAGUUUUAUUUCGAAGUGCGCAUCAUGUAUAAUAUUGUGCGCCCCCUGGACAACAUAAACUUUGUGUUUGAAGUUGGUGUCAGUCGUCGCGGUGACGUAGAUCACAAUUACUACAUCUACGAUCAGCCAAAUGCUUGGUCAUUUUGUGGACAACACUGUGAUGACCACAAGCAAGUAUGCGCGUGGUGUCGUCACCAUGGGUACAACUUGGCGCACAUGCCACUCUCCUUGAACACAGCGGGCACCGUGCUUGACAGGAAGUUUGGAUUCUUGUUGGACUCUGACCGACGUCAAUUGACGGUGUUUGACGUCACGCGUAACCGAAAGGUCCACAGUUUCACUGACGUUGAUUUUAGCUCUGGUCUCUGGCCUGUAUUCGGAUGUCAUUGGCCAAGCAAAGUGAAGCUUGAAAUGAUUUUACGGACUGGCAAGGACAUUGAAAGUAUUGCAGAUGUCGUCCGUCAAGCAUGACACUCAUCGUUGAAAAACCCAGAUCAUUAUACCAUGGCAAAGGUUAAAGACAACUAACUAAAUACUCCUAUAUAUUAUAAGUGCAUUGACCGAUUUGCACGCAACAAAACAGUGAUUCUUUUUUCGUGCUUCAUGAUGCCCAAUGCCAUAUAUGGAAUUAGCUCUGCACUUGUUAACUUAACAUUUAAACAAAUAGAAAAAAAACAAGACGUUUCUUAUAAGAAUAAAUAAAUUUUGUUGAACGUUA